GGGGAGAGGUUCGGCAAAGUCCGGAACCGCUCGGCAAUGACCGGAGGCGGCUGCUGAGGCGGGGAGAGGCUCGCCCUGCCCCGCUCGGCGCGAGGGGGAUCGUCGGGUGGGCGCCGCCGCCGCCGCCGCGCCCGCCCGUGAGGGGAAGGGGCGCGAUGCUGGCCGACAGCCUGGUGGAGGAGUUCGAGAUCCGCGAGGAUGAGCCGUGGUACGACCAGCAGGACCUGCAGCAAGAUCUUCACCUUGCUGCUGAGCUUGGGAAGACACUACUGGACCGUAACACUGAACUAGAGGAAUCCUUACAGCAAAUGUAUGCAACAAAUCAAGAGCAACUGCAGGAGAUAGAGUACCUCACGAAGCAAGUGGAGCUCCUGCGCCAGAUGAACGACCAGCACGCAAAGGUCUAUGAGCAGCUGGAUGUGACAGCAAGAGAACUGGAAGACACCAAUCAAAAGCUGGUUGCAGAGAGCAGAGCUUCACAACAGAAGAUAUUAAGCUUGACAGAGACUAUUGAAAAUCUACAAACACACAUAGAUGACCUGCAGCGACAAGUAGAAGAACUGAAGAAGCCUGAACGAGGCCGGAUGAGCCACGAGAGAUCUGACCAGCCCAGAUCAAUGCACAGCUUCUCCUGCUUGAAGGAGCUGUAUGACCUGCGCCAGUAUUUUGUGUACGAUCAUGUGUUUGCAGAAAAGAUUACUUCGAUGGAUAGUCAGUUAAGCCCUCUAGAAGAAGAAAAUGAGAAGUUAAAAAAGGCAGUUACAGUUCUGCAAGCCCAGCUGAACCUGGAGAAAGAGAAGAGGGUGACCAUGGAGGAGGAAUACAGUCUUAUGGUGAAAGAAAACUGUGACCUGGAACGGAGGCUCGUGGAUACAGACUUGUACCGGGCGCGGGCAGAGGAGCUGGAAGCAGAAGUAGCCGAAAUGCGGCAGAUACUUCAGUCUGAAAACACGUUCCAUAAUGCAGAGAAAUUGGUGCCAGAAUCCUUUUUCAUUUCAUUCAGGGAAUCUCUGGACAGGGAGCUCGGUCAGAGCCUGGCGGAUGAUGGACUUGUGACGGUGUCGGAGCUGGAGAAGAAGGCGCUGAAGCGGAGCAGCAGCGAGACCCUGCUGAGCAGCGCGGUGGGGGCAGACAUCCUGAGGGGCCACGAGGAAACGUGUAUUAGGAGAGCUGAAGCUGUGAAGCAGCGAGGAAUCUCUGUGCUUAAUGAAGUUGAUGCUCAGUAUAAUGCUCUGAAAGUGAAGUAUGAGGAACUUUUGAAGAAGUGUCAAAUGGAUGAAGAUUGUUUGAAACACAAGGCUGUCCAAACGCUGAAGCAGUAUUCCAAAGACCUAAAUGUGGGGAACACCCAGUAUGAUCUCUCAGCUAGCAAUCAAGAAUUCACAGUUGUGGAGCUAAGUGACUCUCCCACAAAUGCUCUUCCUGAAUAUAAAGCACUCUUCAAGGAAAUUUUUAGCUGUAUCAGAAAAACAAAGGAAGAAAUAGAUGAACACCGAGCCAAGUACAAGACCCUCUCCUCUCAACCAUAACCUUAUCUGUUAGUCAAGAACUUUACACGAAUGUCAGAAGAUCCCUUAAACUGAUCUUGAGCACUCAAAAUGAAUGUUUUGGAUUGGCUGAUAGACCUGUAGUUAACAAGCCAGUUAGUUAACAGCUAGUUUCCCUGUUCCUAUGUAGCAAUAGAUUUAAUGUUUAGCACUGUCACACAAACUAGAGGUUGUAAAGCAAACAAACAUCAUAGCUUAAUUCUACACUACUACUUCAUAUUACACUUCAUCUGUGGCUGGAGCAGUAACUGACAUUCAUUUCAUUAGUCCACUUCAAAACUAACAGAGCUCAGAACUGUCUCUCUCAUAGGAGCCAGACUGAAGCUUUCCUUUGGUUCAGAAUGAUGAUCUAGCCCUGUAACUACGCUGAUGUAGAAAAUAACAAAACCAAAGCCCCAACCAGUCUCAUGAGCAGCCUCUCCUCAGUUCUCAAGGAGGAGGGGAGCAGCCUUCUGCUUGCUUUUGCAGGGCAGCAGAGCUGUGCUUGCUUCAAGCCAAUACCACAUUUUCACAUGCACUAAGCUCUCCCACAGAUUAGUAUAAAUGUCUUCCUACUGAGAAAGGAUUUGAUGUAAAGUUUGUGUGGCUUUUUAGGUAUGGUUUCCUUUGUAGGGCACUUUGUCUUAAGGCAAGAUACUGUGAAUUGACUAUGUAUGUGAUUUGGGACCUACUGUUCUCUGGUGGUUGCAAAGUACAUUUUUAUGUGUAUUGGGUAAGAUAGAGAGUUGUAAUUUAGCUAUUUAGCUUUAGUGGUAGCAUUGACUUAGUGGAGUAGCUUUUGAUGUUACGUACCACAAACUCCAAGUGCUCGAGGAGACAGGCCAGGUAAAACCUUACAUUGUCUGUUGUUUCCAGUGGCAGCCCCUGUGCACCCAUUCCAUGCUGCCUGGGGGGGUGGGAGGACAGACACGACAUUGCCAGCACGUAUCCUACUGCAAAUGGGAACACACUCUUGUUCUGCCUCUCCUUUUCCACUCCCACAGUAAUUCAUAUGUACUUAAAGUCUGAAAAACAAAGAACAUGGAGAAGUAUGUUUAGAACUGUGUGAAGGAAACAAAGUGAUUAAGGGAGGAGGAGGCACGAUGAAAGGUGACAUCCUGCUCCCUGUAAAGGUCCGACAGCUUAAUGUGGCCAGCAGUUCUUGGGAAUCAGCUACCUGCCUUUCCAAGUUGCUGGGAUGUACCAAACAUUGACACAGAAUGUUGAGUUUCUCACCUUUAGUUCCACUGCUGCUGCUGCAGCUCUGCUGCCUUACUCUGUUCUCUGUCCAGCCUGUGUGUAGCUGCCCUUCAGCUGCAGUAUUAAGACUUCAUGUUGUGGGAUUUUCUCUAAAACAUGUAUUACAGUCUGAAAAUUAUUUAAAAGUGGGAAUCUGAAUCUUUUGAAUAUUUUUCUAAGCAAAUAAAUAAUCCAGUCAAGCUGCAUGUGUAACUAGUAAUUACAUCCAUCUGUGCCAAUCAGCAAACAGCAAACUCGAUGCAGAUGGCGCUGGCAUUAUCUAGUCUUGCCAUCUUUCCUACAUAGAUCAGAUAGGGUUCCCAUGAAAUUUGUAUUUUAGAAAACUUAUGCUACAUGGAAAAGGAUAGGCCUGUCUAGGAUAGAAAUCCAGAUGGAAUUAAGUAGUUUCUCCUCAUUGUUGUGGCUUUGUCAGUGCUGUUAAACAAGGAGGGGGUGGGGGAAAGCAGAAGAGCUUUGUUCAGCCAUGAACAAACAGCUGCAGUUCAUCAGGUUCCUGUGCUGUCCCUGUUUCCCCCACCUGGACCCUUCUCACCUGGAGGCCUGGCCCAGCUGAGACUGGAAAGCAGUAACCUGAGAAAGGCACGACAUGGUCAGUCCCAGAUGAUUUCCUAGUAAUAUUCCUCACCACUUUAGAGGGAGGGGGAUCUCCUGGAGAUCCUGCUGGAUCAGAAGAUAUGCAAAAGCAGUUCAGCAUUUCUGGUUAAGUAGGUGAGCUUCAGUGGUUCAUUGCUUCUGGCUAAUUUAGAACACUUUGAUAUAUACAACUUUUAUGCUUUAAAAAUACCAAAAAUAUCUCCUCAGAACCACUUGAUUCUUCUGUACUGAACCUCCCCCUUGGCUGCCUGUGCCCCUGCUGAGCUCUGGCUGUGCAGGUUGUGCAAUAACCCACUCCAGGCUGGCUCUUCUUUACAGCUUCUCCUAGAAAGCAGCUUUCCAGCCGUAGCCACAGGUAAUGCUGGGUCAGUGCCAGCCAGGGCUGCCUGAACAUAAAACACCUCCCAAUUACACUGAUGUAGUCAAUACUACACUGGCAUAUUAAGGUAGAAUUUUAGCAGUUUAAAAAUAGCCAUUUUCCACCCAAAUGUGAAAUACCAUAAGUACGGUAACAGCAUUCUUAGCCAAUCUUAUCUGGAUUAACCACAUUAAUCUGCUUAGUUUAGUCAACAACUCAACUCAGCCUUUUCUGAGCAUAAGUAGAUGAAAUCAAUAGAAUCCCCUUGAGCUUCUCAUAUGAUGGAAGCUACAGCAGAGAACAGGACCAGUACAGUGUGUUCUGCAGUGCCCACAGCAGAUUCUCCUGAUCCUGCUGGAGUUGGGCUCCAGUGCUAAACCUGGCCCAGGGCUGGGUCGCUGUCCCUGGAGCAGCAGGCCCAGCUGCACAGCCCCAGAGGGCAGGAGACCAGCAGGGAUUCACAGCCUUUGCUCUCCACCUCUGACCUCUGCUGCAGCAUCCCUGACCUGGCCUUCCUCUGCAAGACUUCAGGCUGUGAAAGGAGCCGGGUGCCGCUUCCAUUUCUCCCUGGACAAAUACAAGGCAGGGUAGAAUUGACCUUUGAGAUAAAAUUUUAUUUAAAAAUUACACAAAAUAGAGGUUUUACAUGGUUGCCGUGUGGUAACUACAGCUGGAUGCCUUCCAGAGGGUGCCCUGGGUUACUUACCUCGCUGUACUCAUUCAGUAAUGCAAAACAUCCCUCAAAACCAACCCCACACCAGGAGAAGAAAUCCAGUAGUUGUUCCCUGUGUUUCAGAUGUAGGUACUUUUCCAAAUAACUCAUUUCACAGACAACAGGUGAGAACAAUUGCAAUGUAGUACAGAGUUCACAGACAGUGAUUUUGUUCCCCCCUCCCAGGCCUGACAUUCCCAUGAACAUGACUACCUGCUCUCUAUCCAGAGGGCUGCAAGGGCUAUGACAAUGCUCAGACUUAAGUAUGAGCAUCCAGGGAUUUAACAAAAACUGGGAUGUUUGUAAACAAAUUUAAUUUAUUGGCAUUACUUACAAAAUAAAGUUUUAGACCAUGAUUUUCCAUCA